AUGAAAACACAGGCUGAUAAGGGGCGUACUGACCGUGAAUUCUCUGUGGGUGAUUGGGUAUUGGUCAAACUCAAACCAUAUCGCCAGCAAUCUCUUGCUCACAGAGCUCAUCAGAAGCUUGGGCGUCGAUAUUUUGGGCCUUUCAUGGUUCUGGCCCGGAUUGGUAAGGUAGCAUAUAAGUUGGAUCUGCCAUCCACAGCUCGUCUGCACCCGGUCUUCCAUGUAUCGCUUCUUAAGGGCUUCAUGGGAUCUCCUCCGACUCAGCCAGCGACCGUCCCAGCCCUAUUCACUCAACCAGAUGCUCAACCCGUUCCUAAAGCCAUCUUGAAUUUUCGUACGUUGGUAAGUCAUGGCCGGUCAGUUCGUCAGGCACUUGUGCAGUGGGAAGACUUGCCUCUAGAAGAUACCUCUUGGGAGGAUAUCUCUCUCCUUCACAGGUUGUUUCCCCAAUUGAACCUUGAGGACAAGGUUCGUGUCGGAGAGCAUAGCAAUGAUACAGAUCACACCCGGGCCCUCGAUGACACCUCGACAGCCAACGUGACUUCAGGCCCAGAUCCCAUGCGUUCUCCACCGAGAAUUCCUACUCGUCGUUCAGUUAGACAACCUCAACGCCCUGCAGCUUUACGUGAUUACGUGUAA